AUGGAACAGUUUUUGAAGACAAUAUAUGUUAUCUUUGAGAAUAUACUUUUAAUCAUUUUAAUCAUGGAAUUAAUAAUUGGAAAUUUAGGAAAUGGAUUCAUGGCACUGGUAAACUCCAUAGACUGGGUUAAGAGAAAAAAGAUCUCAUUAGUUAAUCAAAUCCUCAUGGCUUUGGCAACCUCCAGAAUUUUUCUGCUCUGGUUAUUGUUCACGAGUUUACUAAUCUCUUCCCUGUAUCCAGAUUCAACAAAGUCUUCAAGUAUGAUAAAAGGCCUUAAUAAUGCAUGGAUUAUAGCCAACCAUUUCAGCAUCUGGCUUGCUACAUGCCUCAGUCUCUUUUAUUUUCUCAAGAUAUCCAAUUUUUCUAACUCUCUUUUCCUUUAUUUAAAGUGGAGACUCAAAAAAUCAAUUUCAGUGACAAUGGUGGGGUCUUUGGUCCUCUUGUUUUUAAAUAUUUUACUGUUCAACUUAGAAAUUAAUGUGUGUAUAGAUAAAUAUGAAAGAAACAUAUCCUACAGCUUUGGUUCUCAUUACCAUGCCAAGUGCAAGAGAUAUGUGUUAGGCCUUCACGCUAUCUUCCUGUCUGUCCCUUUUGCUGUGACCCUGUCAGCUUUUCACCUACUCAUUUUCUCCCUGUGGACACAUCACAAGAAAAUGCAGCAGCAUGUCCAAGGAUGCAGAGAUACUGGCACCACAGCCCACAUCAAAGCCUUGCAAUCCGUGACCGCCUUUAUCCUGCUAUUCACAAUUUUUAUCCUGUGUCUGUUAGUCCAACUUUGGAAUUAUGAGUUACUGGAAAAAAGUCUUUUCAUUUUAUUUUUUGAGGUUGUAUAUGUCGCUUUUCCUUCAUUUCAUUCAUGUAUCCUGAUUCUGGGAGAUAUGAAACUGAGACAGGCGUCUCUUUCUCUGCUAUUGUGGCUGAAAUGCAGGUGUAAUUAUAUGGCAACUUUAUAUUUCUAA